CUGCCUAUUGUGUGUCUGUGUGUUUGUUUUAACAAGUCGGCCCUGGUGUCUUUUGCUGCCUCCUCUGGCUCUGAAGAUGGAGACGGUGAAAUGAGCAUCGCUGUGUUUGUGCGACAAACCCUAGCCUAUAGUAUGUCGUCCAUAACGGGGAGACUUGGCUGCACAUCAGCAGACAGCCUCCAUAACCUGAUUUACAACAACACGUGAUAAGUGUUGUUGUAAAUGUGUCUAAAUCAGCCUGUAGUUUGGUUUUUGCAGAGCGUGUGUAAAUGAAGAACGUUAAUGAUCAAUACGCUUCAGAUGACAAGUCGGUAAUCAGCAUCCACGGCAGACGCACUGUAGCUGGUGGUGAGGCACUGGAUCUGGUGACCGGGCAACUCUGCUGAGAAAUUCAAUUUGGGAGUUUAGUAGGAUGCCUGGGCUUCUGUAAGCUCAGGAUGUGUUAAGGGUCAAAGGUCAGCAAGUGAGGCAGAGAUGAGUCUGACUUCCUGGUUCCUGGUGAGUGGCGGGGGGACACGUCAUCGUCUCCCCAGGGAGAUGAUCUUUGUUGGGAGGGACGACUGCGAGCUCAUGCUGCAGUCCCGCAGUGUGGACAAACAACACGCUGUGAUCAACUACGAGCCGAAUACAGACGAACACAAAGUUAAGGACCUGGGCAGCUUAAAUGGGACGUUUGUCAAUGACGUCAGAAUACAGGAGCAGAUAUAUGUCACGCUGAAAAUUGAUGACAAACUGAGGUUUGGGUACGAUACCAACCUGUUCACUGUGGUCCGAGGAGAGCUGCAUAUUCCCGAGGAGGCCCUCAAGCAUGAGAAAUACAGCAGCCAGCUUCAGCUGAACCAGAAGAAGCGAGCGGAGGGGGAUUCAUCUAAAUCAGAGGUGAAAUCCUCCGAGGCUGCAGCGGCACCAGUGUGGGAGGGGGCCGCCGCUAAGCCCCCAGAGGUUAGCAGGCCAGAGGACAAGACCCAAGGGGAUGUAGCAGUUCUGCACAGGGGCACGCCCCUUUAUGGACAGCCUGCCUGGUGGGGAGAUGGAGACACUGAUGGGCAACAACCAGGGAGGCCUGAGGAGAAGAGCUCAGACAGGAAGCGUGAAAAACCUGAAACAGACACCAAGAAAAGUGCUGAAGGCCCAAAGUCCGCCCAACAAACACCCUCCAAUCAGGAGCCCAGUUACUUCGAGAUCCCGACCAAGGAUACUACGUCAGCGGGUAAAGUGGGUGGUGGGGUCCCCUCACGAGAACAAGAGGCUGCUGCUUCUGCUGCUGCUGCAGAGUCCGUUCAUGGCCACGCCUCCUUCACGAUUGAGUUCGACCCCGGAGCGACAGGCAAAGUCACCGGCAAAGACCGAGUGGCGAAGGCCGGGCCGGAGACCAGGCCACGUCCCAAACGGCCUGUUGGGGAGGAGCUGAGUCCACUUCAGACAGCCAUGGUUGCAGCGGAGGUCAAAGUUGCUGAUUGGCUGGCCCAGAAUGAGCUGCCAUUGGCUCUCAAAGAGACGGUUGCAGAGGAUGACGGGGAGAGUGUGAAGAGUGAUGUUCCGGUGCAACUGAGGAGUCUUAAAGGCAGUAAACAUGAGGACGGCACACAGAGUGACUCAGAGAACGCACUUGGCGAGCAGCGCAGGGCUGCAGCACUUGAGGAACGCUCAUGGGGCCUUUGGGGCGGUGCGGGGAUGAAGAUUAGAGAGGGCCGUGCGAACGUACCGGAGGGGCUCUUCGCAGAGGAGGACAGUCCUGCGCGCCGUCGCAAGUCCUCAACUUCCAAAGCGGCAAGUGGAUUGGUGGAGAAGCGACGUGGCUCAGCACCACACCAGCAGAAUGGACGUGACGAGUGCCAUCACCAUGGAGAUGAUUAUAGCGACAGAGGGACGUACACCAUUGAGCUGGAGAAUGGAGAUCAUGAAGAGGAAGAGGCCAGGAAGAUGAUCGACAAGGUGUUUGGUGUGGAUGCGCAGGAGGCUGUGUGUGUGUCGAGGUUGGGUGGUGCUGACCAAAGAGAGAGGCUCACCUCCCAGAGGUCUGCAACCGGAGACAGAGGGAAGCCUGGACGCAUGGAGACAGAGGUACUAUCUGAGGAACUGGUGGUGGGUGGUCCUCGCUGGGUCUCGCAGUGGGCUACUCUGGCUGCAAGUCACAUUAGGACGGACCCUGAGGGCUCAGGAGGGGAGUGUCACAUCAUGGUCACAGAGGACAGAGCUGAAAUAAGUGAGUCCAGCCACUCAGCCUCCUUUGCCUCCUCAGGCUACACAGAGCGCAAGAGGAGAACCCUGCCCCAGCUGCCUGGAGAGGAGCUCGCCCUGGGAAGAAGGACUCCGGGCUCGGGCCUGCGUACAGAUAUGGGGGAGAAACAGGACACCGAGCUACAGGAGAAGGAGAACCAGGAGGAGAAGACAGCCAGGGGGAAGACUCGGCCUGGUCACAGUACAGGAGGUGUGGGCAGUCACGGUGGGAGCCCCAGUCGCUCCUCACCAGCCAAGUCGCAGGACAGUGGUGGCGGGAGGUCAGGUCAGUCAGGUCUGCUGACUAAGCUCCCUCCUCGUCCCCUGACCAGCGGGGAGAAGAGGAUGGAGGAGGCGCGGAGGAGGAAAAAGGAGGAGGAGAAGGCUCGUGAAAGUAGUGGGAAACCACUGUUGAGGCAGGAGAGUUUCACUGUGGAGAAGCCGAGCUCCAAUGUUCCCAUCGAGCUCAUCCCACGUAUUGAUGGGCUCACAGGCAGCAGAAGUCAGAGUAGGGAGACUGGCAUCGACAGUGUCACACUGCAGAAAGACUCUGAAGCCGUGGCAGCCUUUUUGGAGACCACUGUUUCAGACCAAGGUGAUCCGCCAAGCCAGUCCAUCGAGGGCUCCAUGUCGCCUGAGUCAGACGUGGACACGACGAGCACGGUCAGUCAGGCUGACGGAGCGAGGAAAGUUGUCCAGAAACGCCGGACCCUUGCAGGACAGCAGAAGGAGAGAACAGUAGUGUGCUCAUCCAGCAAGGGGCCUGUUGGGGGCCGAGAGACCCAGGACAGGAGGCCCAAGACCAGAACAUCUGGUCCUCCGCAGCCCAGCCGCCCCUGGACUUCCCUGGACCUCACUGAUGAUGACAUCAACUCCAACUCCCUCCUGUCAGACUCGCAGCACACCUCCACACAGGACUCUAGAAGCUCACAUACCAGAGCCCAAAUGGGGAGCACAACAGUGGGGGCGAGCACCAAGUCAAGUCGGGCUAAGGUCACACAGGCCCCCGCCUCUUCUGCCCCCGGUAAAACCGCCAGUGUCCCCAAGCCCAGGCCCACCAGGGCAUCCCUGCUGAGGCGAGCCCGGCUUGGGGAUUCAUCAGACACCGAACCUGCUGAUCUUGACCGGAUGUCAGUCGCCUCUGAAGCCUCCACUGCUAGUUCCACAUCCAGGACAGGGAUGGCAAGAAGGGGAAUGUCCAGGAUAGAGGCUUUGGCACAGCCAAGGAGGCAGAGGGUGGGCUCCCCGUCAGCCCAGAGUGACUCAGAGGCCACGGUGACAAGGAGUAGAGGUCUGGGGGCCCGGAGUGUGGCGGGAGAUUAUGCCGUCAGACAUGGACUGAGAGGAUCCAGUGCGACCUCGGUGUCUGGACCCAGAGCCAGAGCUAACAGCGCCUCCAAGCUGCCUGACAAGAGUAAAGGUACCUCCUCACAUGGACACAUCACAUCUGCAUCUGGCACUCGGUGGCGCCGUGUGCCUGUCGAGUAUGCAUCCACCUCGGAAGACGAGUACGGCUCAAACCGCCACAUAUCCAAGCCGUUUCUGUCCGCUCGAGCCGCCCAGCUCGGAGGUUCGGCCCCGGCGACACCCAAUCCUUCGAGCCUGGCCGCCCUGAAGCAGCACUCCAGAGAACAGGACGAGUACAUGAGAGACUGGACAGCACACAGCGAGGAAAUAGCCAGGAUCAGCCAAGACCUCGCCAAGGACCUCGCCAUGCUCGCCAGAGAAAUUCAUGAUGUGGCAGGAGAGAUCGACUCAGUCAGCCCUGCGGCCACUGAUCCUGGAGCUUUGUUGGAGGAGAGGGUAUUCGAUGACAGCUUGGACCUAGGGGGCCCCUCCACUGAGCGGUCUGUGGAGCUCCGACCCCGAGGCUCUGGUGGACAGGGCGCCCGCUCCAUCCGCCGACAGACGUGGAACAGAGACGACGCGGUGCUUGACAGUUUGCUCCUAGCAUCUGUGAAUCAACUCUCAGCCAGGAUACGUCAGUCUGUUGACAAAACAACCUGCAAGAUCAGGAUCCUCUUCAAGGAUAGAGAACGGAAAUGGGAAGAGAUUGAGAACACACUGCAGGUGGAACACGACUCAUUACUACUCAAGAGCUCCAACAAGGAGAUUUCAACCAUUAUUCAAGACCUGAAGAGAGUGGAACGGCAACUGCUUGUGAUCGACAUGAUGGUGGACCCAGACGGCACCCUGGAUGCCCUGUCCAACCUGGGCAUCACCAGUCCUCUGGCCGACCCGAAGAUCAGCGCUGGGACACAGCAGGGGGCGUUGCACCCCGCAUCCUGCACGCUCUCAGCCUCCAGGCCUGAGGGACUGACCUCUGAACCCCGUGGAUCCUCAGACCACGCAGAGGUGGCAGAGCGAGACCAAGGGCCUCAACAGAGCUAGGAUCCCAGAACUGAAACACUAUGGAAGUAAUUGAGAAUGCAUCCCUUACUGUAGACACACCCUGAAGAAGCCCAUGGAGCAGACCUCGGGGUCAGGUUAUUUUUUAGUAUUUGGCUUCAGGCGAGAUGAAGGAAGGAUAGGUGAUGCCUAUUCCAUGGGACAGACCGACUGUCCUACCUGUCAGUCAAACUGAAUCACGUUGAGACUGUUAAAGUCCUACACUCUCAAAUAGCAGCUCUUGGGGUUUCAGAUAUACAAUACGAAAACAUUACAGGUGGGUUUAUGAAGAAGCAAUGACAUAACAUACAAUAACCCAUCUGUGUUUUUGUGUUUUGCCGCUCAUUCUUAUUAACCUUAAAAAUAAUUGAAAAAAGAACAGAUGUAAAAGAUGAAAGGACAUAAUGUUAAAGGCAAACUUUCCAAAUGAAACUCUUUGAUUCUUUGACUGCGUUUUGUUCUUAAAUCGGAGCAUAAAACUCAGUCUUGCCUCCUUAAUUACAAGCCUUGAAAUGUGUGCGAGUACAAGUCACAAGCUUAUCAGUCAGCUGACCUAGUCAGCCAGUGCAGAAAACCCACACUAGAAACGUGCAAUGGUGUCAAAAAAGGAUUCAGCAGAGGUGUAUGUGCGUGUGUGAAAAUUGUUCUUCUAUCCUGCCAUAGAAUUAUAUAUUAAAAAAGAAUAAUAUAUCGUUGGCCUGUUGCAGUUGCAAUCCCCAAGCCCGUCUCAGUAAUGAUUUUCCAUCAGAAAAGGCCACAGCGCUUCUUUGCUGGGGAAAGAAAAGGGUAUGUACAGUAUGUACCUGUGUAAAUGUUUAUUAUAGUUAAAUUAAAAACACCCAUCCAUGCCUCUUUCUUUUUCCUUGUGCCGAUGUCAUUUGAAAUCAGUGUAUCAAAGACAGACCCUGCGUGUUAAUAGAUACCAUGAAAUCAAAUGUAGCUCCCAGAAAAAAAAAGGGUUUUCCUCUUCCAAAUGUAUUUUGUCACAAGUGCCCUGGACCAAACAAUCAUUAGAGUUAGAGAUGAGAGAAGCUACAGUAUAUACGAGAUGGCGAAAGAGGUGAAAUUUGUUUCUUUGCACAUUACAACGCUGAGAUAUGUCGAUGCUCAUCCGUGAGGGACCAGGACAUGACCUUUUCCCUAUGAUGCUCCUUUAUCGUGUUGAUGUCCUCGACCAAAAACAGAGCAGGGUUUUAAGCCAGCUGUCUGUCGACGAACGCUUUGUCCAAUUUCUUUACGCUCACAAACAAAAUGUCAUGUUCGAACCAGCAUAGACAGGGGCUACCUCCAAGUCCUGCAGCUGCAUUUUAUCAUUAACGAUGCAAUGGAAGGAAGAACGGUGUAAUGACUGUGGGUUUUCCAAUGUCUUGCCUCAUACCAAUGUUUACACAUGAAUGUAACCUGAUCAGAACUGUUGACAACAUUUUAGCCAAAACUACUUUAAUAAAGAUUAAUAACUGCAUUUUGUGCUCAGCGCCUAUUGUACUUUGUCUUUAAUUCUGUUUGAGCAUUUGAAGAAAUUUUUGUUUGGAUGUUUUGUAUGAAGUUUUCUUUUUUCCUUUUUUCUUAGUAAUGAUGUUGGGUUAAAUGUUGACCUUGCAAUACCUGUGUCUCAUUUCCAAUAAAAUGCAUGAUAAUCAUGA